AUGGACAACACAAGUUUUACAGGCUACAAUUAUUCUGUCAUUGAUCAAAAGUCAAGGCGCCAUGAACAAUCAGUUAACAAACCUUUCCACUACCCAGCCCAUGACAACACCGAUAAUGCCCCACAACACUACCAACCAAGGGCAGAAACCGAACACUUUGCACCAUCUCCAUACGAAAAUCUUGGAUAUGAAUCCCAGCAGCACAUCCCGCCGAUUGAAUAUCCAAUCACACCUUAUCAGCGACCAGAUCACCAUCAUCGUCCACCGCCACCACCAACUCUUCGUCCAGCCGCACCAUAUCAGCAACAAGAUCACCACUAUCAACGACCGCCACCACCAGUCGUUUCAUACCAGCGACAAGAUUAUCAUCAUCAUCCACCGCCACAAGAUCACUAUUAUCAACCACCACCACCAUCAACUCUUCAUCCAGUCGCUCCAUAUCAGCGACAAGAUCACCAUCAUCAUCACCCACCUUCACAAACUCUUCAGCCGAGCGACCAUCCGAUCCAACACCAUGAGUUUGGUGAGAGGCCGAGAGAGACCCCAACUCCGGUCCAAAGUCGACUCUUAAAUGAUGUUUAUGAUGGCGAUCGUUAUGGAAUCCCGCGGGUUCCCCCACCACUUUGUGACACUUCGAUACCAUAUGAAUAUGGCCAUGGCUAUACACAGACAUAUGUUUACCCCGGGAUGGGAGAAAAUACCCAGCGAAACUCUUCCGAAAGGAACCCUCGUAACCCUCCACGGGAAGGCUCGAAAGUGGCAAUGGAGCCUCUAAGCCUAUAUGAAAGUGAAAUGUUGAUGCGGUUCCUGUGGGAAAUACAAAACAGGGAUCGACAUCCUCAAUCAACUCAUGACCCAAAUCCUUCACCAGCGUACCAACUGCGACCUUCCAACAUGGAAGUUGAGACCCACCAAAGCCAUUACGAUCUUUCUGAACAAUCGUCGAUUCUCGAUAGCCCUAGACAAACAUCAGUCCGGGAGGAACAAGACCCGCCAAUCUCGGAGAAUCAAGACGAAACCCGCGAGUUGACUAACUGGAAACCAAAUACAUUUGACCCCCAGACAGUUACGGGCCUCCGUCGCCGACUCACAGACGAUGAACGCAAUCUCUGGCGUAAUCGAUCAAUUCCACGGAAUGUCACACGAGAAGCAUUUCUGAUGCGAGGCCGUGUAGACAGUAUUGAAUACAAAGUCAACUUCAGGGGAUAUAAAACUACACCACACGAUUCCAUCAAAGAAAUUUCUGAUGACUACGUGGCAAGACACGCCGAGUUCUUGGAACGCUUCCCUGAUCUACAGAGCUACAUUACUCAUAUCAUCGCCUCAGCUGCAUUGAUCGGGAUGAUACCAUACGAUGACACGAACGAGCCCCAAGCUCACCAAAAUCUUGCUCUCGAACUAUAUCGUGGUGGAGAUCAAGAAGACGAUGAUCAAGAAGACCAAGAAUGCUAUAAUUCCUUCGAGAAUUACGAUGAGCCACCAUUUCUGGGCCCCGAUGAUCAAGGAGACCGAGAAAGCCACUACUCUCUUGACGAUAACAAUAAGACAUCAAUCCUGGGUCUCUAUGACCAAGAGGACCAAGGAAGUCACAGUUUUCUUGAUGAAGACAACGAACCUCCAUUCCUAAAUCCCGAUGAUCGUGAAGACGACUCACUCCGCGGAUUCCCUCAUCACCGCUAUGACAAUUACACGGACAUUGAUGAGCUGGAUAGCCAUCAUCCAUCUGAAGAACUUUCUUACGAACUUGAAGACCCUACUGAAUCGCCAUAUUACAGCGACGACGAUGACGACGACUUCUAUCAUCGAAACAGUAUAUUCUUUGAUGAUCCAGAUCAAGGUUGGUCGGCUGGUAACUCUCGGAGGGAAAAUGGCGGUGUCGCUUUACCCGACGGUCAUGAAAGCCAAUGGUAGAUAGGGGGAGGAUGUGAUUUUUUUUACUCUUUCGUAUGUAAAUAGAUUACAAUGACAACACUCUUCUAUCAUCCUGAAUCAUCUACAGUCGCACUUUCUUUCCAAACAAGCUGCUCUCUGAGUACAUCGUGAACAUGUGGAAUUAUAUUUGAAUACCUAACGCCAUCAGAUAUUAGCAAUAUAUCUACAUCAUGUGCAAAGUCAUGGAGCCUCACCAUGACACGAAAGAAAGCAUCCCAGCCAAAACUUUCUCCAUUCACUUCCCGUCCAUGACUAGUUUACUUGAAGUGCGCACUUUUCGAUACACAUUCAUCACCAAGAAGAUUUCCGCUGUCUAUAAGUGUUAGGACUUCAAAGACACAUGAUAUGCAAGACAAACGCUUGAACCCAGAUCUGGUUCCAAGGUUAGCUCGUGUCUCGCAGAUAUCACGAUGACGCUGAGUCCCAUGUUCUACAAGAAGAAAGUUAUAUAGCAACGCAAAACCCAAGCAACAAAGUACACAGAAUAUAGCUCUUCGCAAUUUAUGUAAAAACUAAGCCUGAGUUGCCCCAGCAUUUUUGUAUUGAGGCUUCGACUUAUCCGGCUGCAACAUUGCAUCGUAUGCAUGUGAUGCGCGGUGCGCCUACAACGAGAGGCUUUGCUGUACACGU